AUGAGUCGGUCAGCUGACCUGUCUUGUGAUAUCCACAAGCAGCCAGGCGAAAAUCCUUGCUGGGUGGGUUCACUUCAGUCCGUUGGAAGUCUCCACAAAUAAUAAGUCAAGAUGUCGAAUCGAGGUCUGGGAAAGAUUGCGAAUGAGGACAAGGAGUCCAAAUUCGGAUAUGUCUACGCAGUAUCCGGUCCCGUCGUCACGGCGGAGAAAAUGGCCGGAUCAGCUAUGUACGAGUUGGUCCGUGUCGGCUAUUUCGAGCUGGUAGGAGAAAUCAUUCGUCUGGAGGGAGACAUGGCCACGAUUCAGGUAUACGAAGAAACCAGCGGUGUGACUGUCGGUGACCCUGUCUUGCGUACGGGCAAACCUUUGUCCGUAGAGUUGGGACCUGGUAUCCUUGGGAGCAUUUUUGAUGGUAUUCAACGUCCACUCAAGGACAUUAACGAGCUUACCAGCUCCAUUUACAUCCCAAAAGGUGUGAAUGUUCCUGCUUUGUCGCGUACAAUAUCAUGGGAGUUCAACCCCCUGUACAUCAAGAAUGGCAGCCACAUAACUGGUGGAGAUAUGUAUGGUAUCGUCCACGAAAACUCGUUGGUCAAACAUAAAAUGAUCCUGCCCCCAAAAAGCAAGGGAACUGUUACUUACAUCGCUCCACCCGGAAACUACACUGUUAAUGAUAUUGUGCUAGAGACAGAGUUUGACGGAGAAAAGAACAAAUUUACUAUGCUUCAAGUGUGGCCAGUACGUCAACCACGUCCUGUUACUGAGAAACUUCCAGCUAACCAUCCUCUAUUGACUGGCCAACGUGUCCUCGAUUCACUUUUCCCAUGUGUCCAAGGAGGUACUACUGCUAUUCCCGGUGCUUUCGGUUGUGGUAAGACUGUCAUUUCGCAGUCUCUAUCCAAAUACUCAAACUCAGACGUCAUCGUUUAUGUCGGUUGUGGUGAACGUGGUAACGAGAUGUCUGAGGUACUCCGAGACUUCCCUGAGCUUUCAGUAGAAAUUGACGGAGUUACCGAAUCCAUCAUGAAGCGUACCGCUCUUGUAGCCAACACAUCUAACAUGCCUGUAGCUGCCCGUGAGGCUUCAAUUUACACAGGUAUUACACUGUCUGAAUACUUCAGAGACAUGGGUUACAAUGUAUCUAUGAUGGCUGACUCUACCUCUCGAUGGGCUGAGGCUCUUCGUGAAAUUUCUGGUCGUUUGGCUGAGAUGCCUGCCGAUUCUGGUUACCCUGCAUAUUUGGGAGCUCGAUUGGCUAGUUUCUAUGAACGUGCUGGACGAGUCAAGUGUUUGGGUAACCCAGACCGUGAGGGUUCCGUUAGUAUUGUAGGAGCCGUAUCUCCUCCUGGUGGUGAUUUCUCCGAUCCUGUCACCAGUGCAACCUUGGGUAUUGUACAGGUGUUCUGGGGUUUGGACAAAAAGCUGGCUCAGCGUAAGCACUUCCCAUCCAUCAAUUGGUUGAUUUCUUACAGUAAAUACAUGCGAGCUCUGGAUGACUUCUAUGACAAAAACUUCCAAGAAUUUGUACCACUGAGAACCAAAGUAAAGGAAAUCCUACAGGAAGAAGAAGAUUUGUCUGAGAUCGUACAGCUGGUUGGUAAAGCUUCGCUAGCCGAAACUGACAAAAUCACCCUUGAAGUUGCCAAGCUUCUCAAGGACGACUUCCUCCAGCAAAACAGCUACUCGUCAUACGAUCGUUUCUGUCCAUUCUACAAGACUGUCGGUAUGCUACGCAACAUGAUUGCAUUCUACGACAUGGCCAGGCACGCAGUAGAAUCUACAGCCCAAUCAGACAACAAGAUCACCUGGAAUGUAAUUCGUGAUAGCAUGGGCAACAUUCUUUACCAACUCAGCUCAAUGAAAUUCAAGGACCCAGUGAAGGAUGGCGAGGCAAAGAUCAGGGGAGACUUCGAACAGCUGCACGAGGAUAUCCAGCAAGCCUUUAGAAACCUAGAGGACUAAUUAUUUUUCCUGGAACCACUCAUUUCAACACUCCUUUGGUAUUUAAUCAUUCGGGAAUAUAGCUAUUUAAAGGUGUUCCUAUGUCAUUCAAACUUAAUCGUUUUUUGUGAUGGAAAACGAACCAUUAACAAGCGUUAUAGAGCAAUAAAAAUGCUAAGAGGUAAUGAUGAUGCGUUGCAUAACAAGCGCGAAAAUAAUUGUAUAAAACUCAGUAAUAUGUAAAUUACUCAAUGUAUCAUGAGAGAUACAUUUCAUACUUAGAAUCGACGUUAUUUCUUGUGUAAGAAAUGGUCGUAGUACUAGGGCUUUAAUCAAGACAAUAAACUGGAACCCCUUUAAAUACAAGCUGAAAAAUGACCUCAUCGAAAAUGUGUUUCCAAUCGCGCGUAAGUUAUUAUUACUAUUUAGAAAAUAAAAUAAGCUUGUAUUUUUAUUAGAAUUAUCCAUUGGUGAGCAAUGUUUUGGUAAUCGCUUUUACGUCGUUGAAUAAUUCUAACGACAAGGGCAAAUACCUUGAAAAACGCAAUGGAUUAUAUUAAUAAGAAAACGUAGCACGUGUACAAUACGGAACUCCUUGGUGAAAAACUCUCGGCACAUCUGCUAGUGACGGACGAUUUUAAUGUAUUUAAAUU